AGAAGAGUAUGACGCAUGCGCAUGUCACCUCGGACGUGAUAUUUGAAAGUUGUUGAUAUUUUCCGAGUUGGAUGAUCAAUCUUUGAAAACAUCAGGCUCCUUCAACCAUGUCGUCCAGAUUAGGAGGUAGGUCCUCUCCCAUCUCCCCUGUCCUGUUCCUGGCAGUAGACGGUGAACCCAUGCGAUUCUUCCUACGCCCCGGUCCCACCAAGGUUCGACUGCAGCCCGUCAUCAAGGCUGGUGGAGGCCUGGUGUGCAGGGCCCAGGAGCCUGGGGCUUUCCUACUGAUUGACCCAGAGGAGAUGAGGUCCAUUGCGGGUUCGGCAGCCCACUGGUACGUGUCCACCCAGUACAUUCUGGACUGCAUGGAGAAGAAUCAGCAGCUGGAGGUGGAGGAUUACCGCGUCAAGCCUGACAACGUAAAGGCGAACGUCCAGACCAGGUCAGGGAAACAAAGCACAGGUAGCAUCGGACGAAUGGGCUACACUCCGGAGGAGGAUAAGACCAUUAUGACCUACAUCUGUGAGCACAAGCGUGAGUCGCAUGGGAACAAGGUAUGGCAGGAGAUGGCGAAGAAUGGUCUGACCCGUCACAGCUGGCAGUCGAUGAAGGACCGUUACCUUAAACAGCUCGCUAAAAGACAACCUGAGCCUCGGGACGGCAGGGGAAGGAACAAAACGGUCGCCACUGCUGCUUCGGAGGAGAAAGAAGAGAACUCGUUUGAGAAAGAGAGAGAGAAAGAGAGAGAGAAAGACAUCCCACCACUGACUUCCUCACUUCAGAAAGACUCUCCGUUGGCCCAAGAGUCAGACGCCUCAAAGACUUCCUCUGAAUCCAAACUCCCUCGGGCAUCAUCAUCAUCAUCAUCAUCAGACACUGGUCUCCAACUCCCACAGAAGUCCCCUCAGAAAGAUCAGGCUCAGUGCUGUCCUGAAGGACCGGGAACAGAGGAAUCAACUGUGGAACCAGAGAGAGGUCCCUCGUCCCAGCUAGAGCCACCAGCAGACCCUGCCCAGUCUGACACUACAACACCCCAGCUGGUCCCUUCUAAGAGACUCCACCAGCCCUCUCCUCCUGGAGGCAAACACACACAUCCCCAGACUGAGGAGGCAGCAGCCACCCCCUCACUUAAAAGAGCCAGGUUAAAUAGUGGAGCAGUGGUGGUGGUCUUGGAGAAAAGGGAUUCAGCUGUUACGUCAGGAGAGAAGGCAACAAGCUCCAACACGACAGAGGGGCAGCUGGGAAAGAAAAAGGCCAACAAGCGAAAACUGGGCAUCCUCGAGAGUGCAGUGAGGGAAUUUGAGGGGUCAGAUGAGUCAGGGAAUGAGGAUGACGAUGAUACUCCAGACCUGGCUGAGAUUGCUGGCCCUGCACCAGUCCCAGGCCGGGAGACUCAGACACCAGUAGCUGCCCCCCAGACAGAGAAUAGCUCUGCUCCGAUACAGCCUCAGCCUGCUGCCCAAGUGAAGAGCUCAGAGACCCAGCCUGAGGGCCAACUACCUGAGGCCACUGGUCCCGCAAUGAGUGGGUCGUCCCCAAAUGCACCAACGGUCCCAAAUGCACCUGCAACGAGUAUCCAUGUCCCGAAAGACCCUGCUAUCCCGUCCACUUCGAAAGUUCCUCACCUGUUCCUGUUUGAGCGUGACUCCCAACAGGCGGAGGAAGAGGAGCCUUCCCAGCCCUUCACCCAACUCCAGCUCCAGGAGGCCAAGCGGCUGGUCCUCAGCCUGAUGAGGGAAUCCAAACUGGGGCUGGUCGCUGUCACCAAGGCGCUCCUGAAAAACAGUGGAGAUGUCUCCGCUGUCCUGAGAGACUCACUGAUGAUGCCUAACGGAAGGGUUCAGCAGGGCCCUCAAUGGGAACGUCAUGACGACCGCCUGCUGCUGUCGGCUGAUCCAUCGGAACUCCAGAACAAGUUUGGGGAAGAGGGAGUGGCCAAGAGGAUGGCUUUCCUCUAUGCAGAGUGA